AUGCUCCUGAACCUGGUGCUUUCCAAACAAACUUCUCCUUUGGCUCACAGCUGGCAGCACAAAGCCCAGGUAACUUUCUCUUCUGCCCCUGUAGCAUCCCUAGCCUCCACGGACAUGGGGCUGCUGCUGCAAGAUGAUGUUUUUGUUGACUUUUUCAACAUCUUCCUGAACCUUCCGGUUUUUGGGCAGACACCCCUUUACAUCAGUGGCAGGGGCCGGUGGUGCCUGUGGCCAGAGCUGCCAAGCCACCUGGAUGCCAGCCCCGCGGCUUUACUGGCUUGGCUGGAAAAGCACCGGCUGCCUCACUUCUGCAAAUCCAGCCUGUGCCUCCACCUCGUCCUCUGCCAGAAGCUCCUGGGUUUCAUUCGCUCGGGGGAAGCAGCAGAGCUCCUGAACUGGCAGAGUGCUGACCAGUGGCUGCUGGAGAGGUGCAUCAGUGGGAGCCAGGACAUGCAGCACCUCUGUGCCUUCGUCCAAGGAACGCCAGGGGAAGAACUGAUCGACUUCUGGAUGAUCACUGAAAGGCUCCUGGGUUUGGACUAGUCAGAUGGGAGUCAGAGGGAGCUGUUCUUGUCCCUGGUGCACAGGCUGAGAGCCACUCACCUGCGUGAAGGCUCCAGCGUCGUCACCUUCUGCGCCGCUGUCCUUGGAUCUUUUCCGAAAGCCAGGCACAUCCAGUCCAUCAGCAGCAGGAGGGAGAUCCUAAGCAAGAUGCAGGAAAAGGUCCUUUUUAGGAUUCAGAGUUACUUGCUCCCUAAAUUCUUUGUGCACUGCAAGAUGGGAAUGGAGGAAGAGGAAUCGUGCUGGCCUUUGCUCCAGGAAUAUCGGGAACGUUUGUCGCAGGCCAGCUGGCAGGAGCCCCCGGGCCUGUCAGAGCCCCUCCCCACCAUGCACAUCAAAAGGAGCCAGGGCGUCUCAGGGCCCUACUGCAGCCAGAAGGCCAAAGCAGAGGUCUGGGCUCUGGCCAAGGAGGGGAGAGACACCCAAGAAUUGAAAAUGGCCACUUUUGGGGUGAAAGCAGAGAAGCAGCCAGGGCCAGCUGGGAGCAGGGAGGACUGGUGUCUGGACAAGGAUGUUUUGGGAUCAAUUCCCCAGCAGUCACAGCAUCCUGCCUUUGGAGGCAGAGGAGGAGCAACAUUUCCUAGAAGACCUCAGUCCAGUGCAGAGCAGGAUCUAGAAAACCUCUGUAAGGAGAAAAUCCUCUCUGCAUCCCUUGCCCGGCUGCCAUCCCUGAAAAAAACAGUCAAGACCUUGGAUUUCCUUCCCUGGGUCCUGAGUGCCGAGGCCUGUGCAGGAAGACCCUUCAGAGAUUUCCUACAGCACCAGAACCGACCCAUGGAGACUCAUCUCCUGGACCUGUGGCAUGACCUGGAGGAGUUUUUGCCCAUGGCACUGGACUCCAACAGAGAAAACAGCUUCUUCCUGCACCAUUUGAUUGGGAAAAAGAUCUGCAAGACCUACCUGGAGGACAGCAACAUUGAGAAGCUUCCCUUGGAGAACAGGACUCUCGUGAGUUUGUGGAACCAUCUGAUAUGUGGAGAAUUCUCCCCCUGAAUAUUCAGAGCCCAGAAGGAGAUUUGCAAGGUGCUCUGUGGCCUCCAUGAGGAAUUUCUGGCCUCUGAUGACAGGACGUUCCUCCAGUUUAUGGCUCCAGGCAUGGAUGUCCCCAUGGCCGAGGUGCCAGGCCAUGCUGCUGGCAGAGGGGGAUCUUUCCAUCUGUCCCAGAGGAUGAACCAGUCCCUGCAGCUGAGCCAGGCCUUGCAUGGCACGAGGAGCUUGGAGGGGGUCUCCUCCAAGCACUGGCAAUUGCUUGCUGCUUGGGACCUGCAGAAAGGGGGCUCCAUCCAGGCAGAGCUGGAGCUGCUCCUGGGCAACGCUGAAUUCCAGAGGAUGAUAGCAGAUGAGCUGGCUGCGGGCAGCCCAAGCAAGGAAGAGGAGCUUCUGCAGCUCAUGAGUGCAGCACUCGCUGUUGCAUCUGAGAGGAUUGCUCGAGAGAAAGCUGCUGCUGCUGCAAGGAAGAAGGCAGCUAGAAAACGCAGGUUUGAGGAGGAGGAGGAUGAGGAAGACUACUAUCAGAAGAAGAAGAAGCAGAAACAGACACAGAAGCAGAAACAAAAGAAGAAGCAGAAGCAGAAGGAACAGCUGCAGCAGGAGGAUUUGUUGCCCUGGAGCAAAAAGUCCAAGUCUAGGCGUCGUCAGCUUGUGCAGGAAGGGACAGAGGACCUCAGGACACAGAGGAUGGGAUUGGCCUGGGAUGCCAUCCGGGAGCUUGUCAGGAGCUACUGCAAGUUCCAGAGGGAGACAGAGAAUCACACACGCCGUGCAGAAUUCGAGGCGUUUCUCCGUCAGGUCCAAGAAACGAGAGGGAAAGGAAGCCCAGGUGAGGUGAAGGAGCAAACCCAAUGCUGGGCAGGAGCACACAGCAUCUCUUCCCCUGCCUCAGACUUGCCUGUCAAGGAGAAGAGCAAAAGCCCUGCCAAGAGCCCCCAUUCCCACAAGGGCAAGGGCAAAGGCCAGCCGCAGACGGUGACACUGAUCAAAUGCCACAUUUUGGACAAACAGCUCAUCAUCGUCAACUUCCUCGUCGACGACCUCCACUUCUACCUCAAGAUGGACAAGUUUUCCAAGUUGGCUGACUGCGAGGAAACUGCAGUACCCCGCAAUAUGUGGUCAGAAAAGCACACUGCCUUUCUCUAAAGGAAACUUGACAUCAUCAGCAAGCUUUUCCUGAACUCUGACAUCACCCCAAGCUGCGGUAGCUCUGCCAUCUCCCCUUUGGAGGGCACAAUGCUUCCCCCAGAAAUCCAGGUCAACAUCUCUGAGAAAGACAGGGAUUCAAUCUGGUGUUCAUCUUCCAAGGGGCCGCUGACCCAGGCCAUUUACCACAACGCCAAGGUCACCCUCUUCCCCAUCCUGAUGUACUUCUGGAGAAGUUCUGCCCCUGGAAGGUGA